CUUUUUUGGAAUCCGAGGCUCUUGUCAACCUGUCGCUUACGUCAAUUUUUUUGUUUUAUGUUUACUUUGGGGGUGUUUAUGUGUUGGGAUUCGGGGGUUUUGCAUUCUCUUCUUCUUUUUCUUUUCGGUUUCUGAUUCUUAUUGGUCUUCUUCUUGGGGCUCGUUCGUCUCUAUCACUCAUCACGCUUGAUCAUCGGACGAUACUUACAUCUGAUCGGGGGGGGGGGGGCUUCUCUUUCCUUGGGCGUUUUAUUCUGCUUCUGAUUGAAUAUCUAAUGUGGAUUUGUUGGAUUUUUGUAAAUCGUUGAAUGAAUAAAUCAAAUGGGUUUAAUGGACGGCAAUGUAAGCGGAAUAGAAGUGGUUGCAUGCAUCCAGACGUUGGGCCAUCUUGGACAGAUGCUUCAGUGGCCGCGGUUUGGCGGGAUGAGAGACACGCAUGAUGUGUUACUAGUCGGAAGCCAAGAGGUGUACGGAUUCAUCGAGAAAAUGAUUCGGGCGAUCACUAGUCCUUUAAGGAGUAAGAAGAUCCAUAUCGGCAUGGACGAAGCUCAUGGUGUCAGUGAAGGCAGGUAUCGUCAACUGUUUGGACAUAAAGAUAGCUGCCAAGUCUUUACGGAUCACUUGAAUAAAGUCAAUCAGAUCUGUGCCAAGUUGGGAUUGAGGCCUAUGAUCUGGUCCGAUAUGUUGUUUUGUCUAGCGGCCAAGAAUAACUCGUUGGGCGGGUACUACGACUCUAGUAAUCCGGCAACACCCGAAUUGGUCCAGUCUAUCCCGCCGGAAAUCGAGCUCGUCUAUUGGGAUUAUUAUCAUACUACAUCGGCUCCUUAUGUCAACAAGAUCAACCAACACCGCGAUCUUAAUUUUAAGUCGCCAGCUAUGGCUAGUGGGAUCUGGACCUGGUCGAGGUUUUGGACAGCCUUGCCGUUCACGAUCGAGACGAUCACGGCGAGCAUGAGGGCGAUCAAGAACCCGCAAUCGGGUGUCAAACAUGCGUUGACGACGAUCUGGGGAGACGAAGGAAACGAGUGCGAUAUUUGGUCAGCAUUGCCAGGAAUCUUGUUCUAUGCUGAACAUGCUUAUUCGAAUAAGUCCGAGAUAGACGUGGGCCUGUUGAAGAGCAAGUUCGACGGGAUCUGUGGUGGCUCGUUUGAUGACUUCGUCUUCGCUUCUAAGCUCGAUGACUUGCAACCUGAGAACCAAUUGAUCGAUGAUAAAGCUCGGUUUACACCUAAUCUUAGUAAAUGGUUGAUUUGGGAAGAGCCAUUCUUUUCGAUUUUAUCACCCCAAUACGCGGGAUAUGAUUUAGAGACGCAUUACAACCAACUGUCGAGGUAUUUAGAUGAAGCGAUGGGAGGAGGCGGAGGAGGAGGCGGGUUAGAGAAUGGAGAGAAGAAUGGGAAUGGCGAGGAAUGGAGGCGGACGAUGGCGCACCCGCUGAACGGGCGUCUGAUGCUACCGAAGCUGAUUGCCAAGGUGUUGGGACUCAAGUGUCAUCUCCGGGACCGGCUGGUGCACGCCUAUCGGCAGAACGACCGGGAGGAGCUGGUGGCGCUGGCCGGCCCGGGCCCGGAGUCGAGACUGAGUCGGUUGAGGGCCUUGUGCGAUGAAACGUGGAAGUACCAUCGAGAGUUGUGGAUGAUGAUGGCCCGCUUGGAAAGCAUGCACGAACGACUGAUGGGCUAUCUCGACCCGGCGAACGAGGCGGUCGAGCGGGUCGAGGAGCUCGAGGUGGAGACCGAGCUGGUCUAUCCGACUAGUGGCGCAGUCAUGAUGCUCGAUUACCAUCGCGUCAGUCGUCCUCAAUACUGUUAA